GAAUUAGAACACUGAAUAGACAGCAUUUAUUUUGUGCUGUAUGCAUCUGAGAGAUUCAAUCGUACUUUUUAUGCUAAGUCGAUUCAUUAAGUUAUACUUUUUGCCUUCUCAGAACGCAAGAAAUCUUGUGAUAGCUAUUAGCAAGAUUAUUCGUCUCUGAUUUAAAUUGCUGUUGUUGUCAUAUCUACCUCAUCAAUACCUGCAGAUGGACCAAUUCAGACUUAAAGCUUGAGGUAAUUUUCAUCUUAUGUUUUGCAUAAUUUUGAUAAAUUCCUCCUCUAGGUCUGCAGUUAGAGUUUGUAGCCUUUUUCAUCACUAUGAUGAGUAUCUAGAAAGAUUCUCGUUAUGGUUUUAUACUAAAUUUUUACUCAAAUUGAGGGGAUCAGAGCCUCCAGAUCUCUCUUUGAUUUGUACAUAACCACCAAUCAGUUAGUAAAGUCUAGUCCCGAAUCUGGGGCUGGGUCAGUCUUAAGCUCUCCUUGCUAGACAGCCAUAUUCUUUUUAAAUGGAAAUUCAGGAUUAAUAUGAAAUCCUCUUUCCAAGAUGGCAACUAUAGGAAGGAAUCUUGGGGCUUAUAUGGUUAUCAUUUAAACAUGGUUUACGUUGUACAAUAAAUAGGCCAAUCUCAAUAUGUUUCCACUUCAAGAUCCCGUCAAUUACCCAAAGGUAUCAUAUCUCUUAAGAGCAAUUACAUCGAUGAUCGUUGUAUGGGUCACACAAAGAAUCUGAAUCUGCUCUGAAGUUUUCAAAGAAGCUUUAGGUGACAUCGAUCGGGUCUUUAUGCUUUCUAUCUUAUUAACCUAGAUGCUAUUUUCGGUGACCAAAAUUUAUAAAUUAGUAAGCUUUCGAAAUAUUCUGAAUUUCAACUAAUAUUUCUCCUCUUAGUUUCUCAGUUUUUUGGCAAAAAUUUAGAAAGAUACGCAAAUGUUGAUUAUUUUUGGAAGCUUAGAGAUAAACUGGUAACACUAUGAAAGAAUUUUAUUAUCUAAAUUUUGAACAUGCAUCUAGUUUCUAGCAUCUCGAGAGAGAGGAGAUUUUCAUUGCUUUAAAGUCGUGAUAGAACUAGAUUAUCAUUACUCCGACUUACCAUAUAGAAGCACUAAACCUGAUUUAUUUUCAUUUACCUAUUAACUAGUUGAGGAAUAAGCUUUAGGGGCAGAGACCUCGAAGUUUUGGUUGAUUUAGCAGGGAAUAUUAAGAAAUUGUAGGGGAAAUUUAGAAGUGAGAAUAGAAGAAGUUAACUAAAUUUGGGAGUUGUGGUUGAUGUUUUUGAUUCGUUUUUGAAAAAUUGUUUGGAUCUGGAGGUUGAAGAAAGAGAGGGAGGAAAGAAAUAACAGUUUGUUUUAAGAGAGUAGCUUUGAUUAAAGUAUUACUUCAAGAGGCAAGCUUUGGAUAAUCGGAAUUUUGGCAAAAAAUCGGGUUUUCAUCCGACUGUUUCAAUUCUAAAAUAUGUUAACGAUUCUGCAAUUGUGU